UCUUCCCAAGGGACCCCAGCUCCUUUCCAGAAAGACCAACCGCUUGGAGGGGCCGCCCGCGGACACGGCCUGAGUCUGUGCGGCCAGCGCCGCGGUAACAGGGGUCUCCCACGCCCGCCGGGGCUCGCGCCCACCCGCAGGAGCGACCCUCAGAGGCUGCCGAGAUGGCUGGGGCCUCGGUGAAGGUGGCGGUGCGCGUCCGCCCCUUCAACUCCCGGGAGAUGAGCCGCGACUCCAAGUGCAUCAUCCAGAUGUCCGGGAGCACCACCACCAUCGUCAACCCCAAACAGCCCAAGGAGACACCCAAGAGCUUCAGCUUCGACUACUCCUACUGGUCGCACACCUCGCCUGAGGACGUCAACUACGCGUCUCAGAAGCAGGUGUACCGGGACAUCGGCGAGGAGAUGCUGCAGCAUGCCUUCGAGGGCUACAACGUCUGCAUCUUCGCCUACGGCCAGACAGGGGCCGGCAAGUCCUACACCAUGAUGGGCAAGCAGGAGAAGGACCAGCAGGGCAUCAUCCCGCAGCUUUGUGAGGACCUGUUCUCCCGCAUCAAUGACACAACCAACGACAACAUGUCCUACUCCGUGGAGGUCAGCUACAUGGAGAUAUACUGUGAGCGCGUCCGCGACCUCCUGAACCCCAAGAACAAGGGCAACCUGCGGGUGAGGGAGCAUCCGCUGCUGGGGCCCUACGUGGAGGACCUCUCCAAGCUGGCGGUCACCUCCUACAAUGACAUCCAGGACCUCAUGGACUCAGGGAACAAGGCCAGGACCGUGGCGGCCACGAACAUGAACGAGACCAGCAGCCGCUCCCACGCCGUCUUCAACAUCAUCUUCACCCAGAAGCGCCACGAUGCGGAGACUGACAUCACCACAGAGAAAGUGAGCAAAAUCAGCCUGGUGGACCUGGCCGGGAGCGAGCGGGCCGACUCCACGGGCGCGAAGGGCACGCGUCUCAAGGAGGGAGCCAACAUCAACAAGUCCCUGACCACGCUGGGGAAGGUCAUCUCCGCCCUGGCCGAAAUGGACUCCGGGCCCAACAAGAACAAGAAGAAGAAGAAGACGGACUUCAUCCCCUACAGGGACUCGGUGCUGACCUGGCUGCUCCGCGAGAACCUGGGCGGGAACUCGAGGACGGCCAUGGUGGCGGCCCUGAGCCCCGCAGACAUCAACUACGACGAGACCCUGAGCACGCUGAGGUAUGCGGACCGGGCUAAGCAGAUCCGCUGCAACGCCGUCAUCAACGAGGACCCCAACAACAAGCUGAUCCGAGAGCUGAAGGACGAGGUGACCCGGCUGCGGGACCUGCUGUACGCCCAGGGUCUCGGGGACAUCACCGACACCAACACUGUGCCCGGAGGACCCAAAUACCUGUCCGACCUGGACAACAAUAACUGUAACCGCGGCUGGGCGGAGCUGAGUCGAGCCCCUGACAAUCUCUCCACAGUGACCAACGCGCUGGUGGGCAUGAGCCCCUCAUCCUCACUCUCGGCCCUGUCCAGCCGCGCGGCCUCUGUGUCCAGCCUGCACGAGCGCCUGUUGUUUGCCCCGGGCAGCGAGGAGGCCAUCGAGAGGCUGAAGGAGACGGAGAAGAUCAUAGCCGAGCUCAACGAGACCUGGGAGGAAAAGCUGCGGCGGACGGAAGCCAUUCGAAUGGAGAGGGAAGCCCUGCUGGCUGAGAUGGGUGUGGCCAUGAGGGAGGACGGCGGCACCCUGGGUGUGUUCUCUCCCAAAAAGACACCGCAUCUCGUCAACCUGAAUGAGGACCCGCUGAUGUCCGAGUGUCUCCUCUACUACAUCAAAGACGGGCUCACCAGAGUGGGCCGGGAGGACGGGGAGAGGCGGCAGGACAUUGUCCUGAGCGGGCACUUCAUCAAGGAGGAGCACUGUGUCUUCCGCAGCGACUCCAGAGGGGGCAGUGAAGCCGUGGUGACCCUGGAGCCCUGUGAGGGGGCAGACACCUAUGUCAAUGGCAAGAAGGUCACAGAGCCCAGCAUCCUGCGGUCAGGAAACCGCAUCAUCAUGGGAAAGAGCCACGUGUUCCGGUUCAACCACCCCGAGCAGGCGCGGCAGGAGCGAGAGCGCACGCCCUGCGCGGAGACGCCCUCGGAGCCCGUGGACUGGGCCUUCGCCCAGCGCGAGCUGCUGGAGAAGCAGGGCAUCGACAUGAAGCAGGAGAUGGAGCAGAGGCUCCAGGAGCUGGAGGACCAGUACCGCCGGGAGCGGGAGGAGGCCACCUACCUGCUGGAGCAGCAGAGGCUGGACUACGAGAGCAAGCUGGAGGCGCUGCAGAGGCAGAUGGACUCCAGGCUCUUCCCAGAGGCAAAUGAGGAGGAGGAGGAGCCGGAGGAUGAAGUCCAGUGGACAGAGAGGGAGUGCGAGCUGGCGCUCUGGGCCUUCCGCAAGUGGAAGUGGUACCAGUUCACGUCGCUGCGGGACCUGCUGUGGGGCAACGCCAUCUUCCUCAAGGAGGCCAACGCCAUCAGCGUCGAGCUCAAGAAGAAGGUCCAGUUCCAGUUCGUCCUCCUCACGGACACACUCUACUCCCCGCUGCCCCCGGACCUGCUGCCCCCGGAGGCUGCCAAAGACCGGGAGACGCGCCCCUUCCCCCGCACCAUCGUGGCCGUGGAGGUGCAGGACCAGAAGAACGGGGCCACCCACUAUUGGACGCUGGAGAAGCUCAGGCAACGCCUGGAUCUCAUGCGAGAGAUGUACGACCGGGCGGCCGAGGUGCCCUCCAGCGUCAUCGAGGACUGCGACAACGUGGUGACCGGCGGGGACCCCUUCUACGACCGGUUCCCCUGGUUCCGGCUGGUGGGCAGCUCAGUCAUCUCUGGCUGCAGCAGUUACCCUCUUCUCAACACGUGCAUGAGCGCGCGCAUGGCUGCUCUCACCCCCUCCCCCACCUCCUCGAGCCCCGACUCCGACGCCACCGCGCCUGCCGAGGAGCAGAGCCUGGGGGAGGAGGAGGAGGAGGAGGAGGAGGAGGAGGACCUGGAGGACGACGUCUCCCCAGAGCACGGGCUUCACGACGGCCGGGACCCGUUUUACGACCGGCCCCCCCUGUUCAGUUUAGUAGGAAGGGCCUUCGUGUACCUGAGCAACCUGCUGUACCCCGUGCCCCUGGUGCACCGCGUAGCCAUCGUCAGCGAGAAGGGCGAGGUGAAGGGCUUCCUCCGAGUGGCCGUCCAGGCCAUCUCAGCCGAUGAAGAGGCCCCAGAUUACGGCUCGGGUGUCCGCCAGUCGGGAACUGCCAGAAUCUCCUUUGACGACCAGCAUUUCGAGAAGUUCCAGUCUGAGUGCUGCCAGGCGGGGGGCAUGUCACGCUCCGGGACCUCCCAGGAAGAGCUGCGCAUCGUGGAAGGCCAGGGCCAGGGUGCGGACUUGGGGCCCUCUGCCGACGAGGUCAACAACAACACCUGCUCGGCGCUGCCUCCGGAAAGCCUGCUGCUCGACAGCCCCGAGAAGGCCACCCUGGACGGGCCCCUGGACGCCGCCCUGGACCACCUGCGCCUGGGCAGCACCUUCACCUUCCGUGUGACCGUCCUGCAGGCGUCCAGCAUCUCCGCGGAGUACGCCGACAUCUUCUGCCAGUUCAACUUCAUCCAUCGCCACGACGAGGCCUUCUCCACGGAGCCCCUGAAGAACACGGGGCGGGGCCCCCCGCUCGGCUUCUACCACGUCCAGAAUAUCGCGGUGGAGGUGACCCGGUCCUUCAUCGAGUACGUCAAGAGCCAGCCCGUGGUGUUCGAGGUCUUCGGCCACUACCAGCAGCGCCCAUUCCCGCCACUCUGCAAGGACGUGCUCAGCCCCCUGAGGCCCUCGCGCCGCCACUUCCCACGGGUCAUGCCGCUGUCCAAGCCAGUGCCGGCCACCAAGCUCAGCACGCUGACGCGGCCCUGCCCCGGGCCACGCCACUGCAAGUAUGACCUGCUGGUCCACUUCGAGAUCUGCGAGCUGGAGGCCGAUGGCGAUUACAUCCCUGCAGUGGUGGACCACCGCGGCGGCAUGCCGUGCGUGGGGACCUUCCUGCUCCACCAGGGCAUCCAGCGACGGAUAACCGUGACGCUGCUGCACGAGACGGGCAGCCACAUCCGCUGGAAGGAAGUGCGCGAGCUGGUCGUGGGUCGCAUCCGGAACACGCCAGAAACGGACGAGUCCCUGAUCGACCCCAACAUCCUGUCCCUCAACAUCCUCUCGUCCGGGUACAUCCACCCGCCCCAGGACGACCGGCAGUUUCUUGAUUCGGACAUGCCUAGCGUUUCCUUCGGAGGUGACACUAGGACCUUUUACCAGUUUGAGGCCGCGUGGGACAGCUCCAUGCACAACUCUCUGCUGCUGAACCGCGUCACCCCGUACCGAGAGAAGAUCUACAUGACCCUCUCUGCUUACAUUGAGAUGGAGAACUGUGCCCAGCCCGCCGUGGUCACCAAGGACUUCUGCAUGGUCUUCUACUCCCGCGACGCCAAGCUGCCCGCCUCGCGCUCCAUCCGCAACCUGUUCGGCAGCGGGAGCCUGCGGGCCUCUGAGAGCAACCGAGUGACGGGCGUGUACGAGCUCAGCCUGUGCCACGUGGCCGACGCAGGCAGCCCAGGGAUGCAGCGGCGCCGCCGGCGGGUGCUGGACACGUCCGUGGCCUACGUGCGGGGCGAGGAGAACCUGGCCGGCUGGAGGCCGCGCAGUGACAGCCUCAUCCUGGACCACCAGUGGGAGCUGGAGAAGCUGAGCCUCCUGCAGGAGGUGGAGAAGACCAGGCACUACCUGCUGCUGCGGGAGAAGCUGGAGACCACCCAGCGGCCCGUCCCCGAGACGCUGUCCCCCGCCUCCAGCGAGGACUCAGAGUCCCGCAGUUCCUCUGGCGCCUCCUCCCCGCUCUCGGCCGACGGUCGACCCUCGCCCCUGGAGACCCCUGACGAGAGGCAGCGGGAGCUGGCCGUCAAGUGCCUGCGCCUCCUCACACACACGUUCAACAGAGAGUACACGCACAGCCACGUCUGCGUCAGCGCCAGCGAGAGCAAGCUCUCUGAGAUGUCCGUCACCCUGCUGCGGGACCCGUCUGUGUCCCCUCUGGGGGCAGCCACGCUCACCCCCUCCUCUACCUGCCCCUCCCUGGUCGAAGGGCGAUACGGAGCCGGAGCCACAGACCUGAGGACCCCCCAGCCCAGGUCCCCCCCACCUGCCAGCCCGGAGCCAGAGCCAGCACCGGAGGCGGACUCCAAGAAGACCCCCUCCCCCGCCCGGGCCCCGGAGGCGGACAAGGAGCCCCAGCGCCUGCUGGUGCCUGACAUCCAGGAGAUCCGGGUCAGCCCCAUCGUCUCCAAGAAGGGGUACCUGCACUUCCUGGAGCCGCACACCGCCGGCUGGGCCAAGCGCUACGUGGUGGUGCGGCGGCCCUAUGCCUACAUGUACAACAGCGACAAGGACGCCGUGGAGCGGUUCGUGCUCAACCUGUCCGCCGCCCAGGUGGAGUACAGCGAGGACCAGCAGGCCAUGCUCAAGACGCCCCACACCUUCGCGGUCUGCACGGAGCACCGCGGCAUCCUGCUGCAGGCGAGCAGCGACAAGGACAUGCACGACUGGCUGUACGCCUUCAACCCCCUCCUGGCCGGGACCAUACGCUCCAAGCUCUCCAGAAGGAGGGCUGCCCAGAUGAGGGUCUGAACGGAAGACACCCCGCCCUCCCGACACCCAGUGGGCCCAGCCUGCCCCUCACCGUCCGUCUGUCUUCACCCCCAGCCCUUCCCCCGGCCGGCCAACCCGCCCCCCUCCCAGGGACGCUGCGCUGGCCGGGGGGCCUGCGCCACACGACCUGUCCUGACGGACCUGUCCUGUCUCCACGGAAGCCUCGUUGGUUGUCAUUUCUUCUCUGAGACGUGCCCUGGGGGGGAAAGGGCUGGGAGACACGGGGGGGGGGGCCGGAGGGCCCCAGUCAGGGGGCAUCGCUGACAUUCUAAUAUUUUUUUAAGCAUAGACAGACUUAUAAUUAAUAUACAGUAGUUAGCGACACGGAGACAGUCCACUCAGAAAUUAACUCUAAGACUGUGUUCUAUUUAUAAGUAUUUAUUUCUAACAACCUGUAGGACUCAGAGCACCCCUUCCCGCUUGUUCCCACACGCAUCCCCCAAGCCUCGUAGGGACAGACAGGCUGGGCAGCCGCCACGGCAGACCCCAGGGAGGCCGGCACCUCGGGGCCCGGCCCUCACCCUGGGGGUGUGCCUGUGUCCGGGCCCUGCUGCCCGACGUCCACGCAGCACAGAAGGGCGCGUGUCACUUCUGGCGGGAGGCACAGCCCACGUCACACCUGCACGGCAGCCGGCGGGAACCUGUGGGAGACCGGGAGGCCGGCGGGGGCUGCCCCGGGAGGCCUGGGAGAAGGGACCACGUCCCACGGUGGAGUCCUGUGGCCCGGCGACGCUGCAGUUGUCCGGGGUGAUGUCCAGGCAGCGAGGGGCUUGUGCCGCAGCCCCUCCAGCUGCUGUGAGAAGCGGGGCGAGCGCAGGGCUGCCCCAGAGGAGAAGGUCUGACUCCCCCGGUGCCCCCAGAGGAGAGAGCUCCCGGGGGAGGGGGGGCAGUCGGACACCGCGGGUCGGGCCAGUGAGGGCACGUGAUGCUGGGCUCUCCCUUCUGGUCAGAGGUUCUGUCCCCGGUUGUUCCAGCCUUGUCCCAGAUCCCCUGGGUCCCCUCGACAGACCCUGUGCCUAUGGGACACCCAGGCCAGCGGAGGCAUCAGCCCAGCGCAGAGUCAGACCGCAUGCCCUGCCUGGGUGCGGAACCCAUCAGAGAAACCAGAACCCAUCAGAGAAACCAGCGGGGCCUGGAGGGUCUUCCGUGACCUGCUCCCACAACCAAAGGCACAUCUGGCGUCUUUCUGCUGACAAAACGAAACAAAGCAACACUGUAAAACUGUCCCCACUGUGGCCAGCCGAGGGCCGUGUCAUCCGGCCCCAGGUGCACGCCCAGCCUCGCUGUCCGUGGCAUUUUUGGCACCUUCCAGCCCCCUGCCCACCCACCUGGGCACAGCUCACAGACACCUGCCCCCACCUGGCUGGGAGGACCCCAGCCCAGCCUGAAGCCAGCAGCUCUGAGGCCCUGCCUUGUCCCACACUGUCCUGCGUGGUGGCACUGACGUGACCUGGGGACGUUCUCACAGUUUGAGCCUGGAGACCCGUCUCUCUGCUGGGGACGUGAGGUGUUGGCUCCCGCCCGAGUGACAGGGUUGGGGUUUUCCUUGGGAAGGGGGCUCGGUCUGUGGUGGCGGCCUCCGACAGCCCGCGUGCACCGCUGGGGGCUGGCAGCGCCCUCCCAGACCUGGGCUCGGGCGGGGUGCAGGGUGGCCCCCGCGGCUCCCUGCCGCCCCCGGCCCCGGGCUCAUCUCCUCAUGGAGACGCCCCUCGGUCCGCCAGGGCCCGGGACGAUGCCAGGGGGAGCGCAGGCUCAGCUGCUGUCCUUGGAGAUCCCAGGCGAGGGUCACUUCCUGAGCUGAACCCAAGCAUUUUCCAGAAACAGGCCUGGGCUGCCCCCCACAGGCGUUGCAGGAGGUGGUGGGCUGGACGGAGGACUCCUUCUGGCUUUUAGGACCGCCCUGUGGCAGGGAACAGAGGUGGCGCAUUGUCCCAAGACGUCCAGGUUCCCGAGAGCCCGGCCCCGGCCCCCUCAGGUCAGCCAGCCUGAGGACUCAGCCCCGCGCACAGGUGCCUGAGGCCAGCCAGCCUGCAGAGCACCUGCUGUACCAGCGGGGCCCAGGGCAGGGGCCCCUCGAGGGUUCCUGGGAGUCACCCCAAGGUCAGGAGCCUCCACAGCCAUGGAGGCCCCUGGGAGGGUUUGGUUUUGGCCUGGAGCCACCUUGGCCGUGACUCAGAGCCAGGGGUGGCCCGCCUGGUGUCCCCUCACCGGCCUGCUGCCCUGGGAGGGCCUGGGGGGAGCCCGCACACCCAGAGCCGCUGGACGGAAACCCGUGUAGGAUCGGGAAGCCUGGCCUCCAUGCCUGGAACUCCCCACGUGUCACGUCAGCUGGGACAAGCGUUCAGUGAACUGGGACUCAGUUUCCACAUCUGCGAAGUGAGGCUGAUCGGGAGCCCCUGAGGGUCCUCCCCUCGUGGGGUGCAGAGAGCAGAGUCAGGCUGGGCUGAGGCCGCUGCUUCUGCUGAGUGGGGAAAGGGAGAAGGGUCCGGAAAGCCUCCUCUCUCGGAGGGUCUUGUUUGGAUGCUGGACGCUGCCCCGGCCACAACCUUGUUCUGUUUGCGGGAUGGUCAUCCUCGUCCGCAGCGGGCUCUCUGUCCCGGGUGGGGGUGGGUCAGCCUAGGGAGAGUCCCCAGAGAGUGGAGCGUGGGCUCCAGUGGCCUGUCCGCUUCCAGGGGCUGCUGGGGUGCUCGUGAGUGGCAAGGCCUCCCGCUCUGAGGAAUCACUCACAAGACGGCAAUGUUCCUCUCACCGCCACACGCGCUCGCACACACAGGCACACACCCAGGGCCCCGGCCCUGGGGGCGGGGCUGGUGCAGGGCUCGGGAGCCGUGAGCGGGGCGGCCACGCCGCUGCUCCUCCCCACAGCAGGCUGCGGCUUCUUCCCGGGCCUGUCUGCCCCGUGGCUGCCUGUCCCCCGAGGUCCCCUGUGGCUCGCCCCCGCGUGGUUGUGUGGCACUCCCCGGCCCCUGCUCCGUGACCUCCAUCCAUCCCGAUGUAGUGGCCCCAGCCCCCUGACGUCCUGAACCGAAUGAGCGCUAGGCUCUAGGCCCCGUGCUGUGUGUGUCCACCUGAGAAAUAAACUCACUCCCCACGCA